AUGAGUAAUCACCAAAAAAAACUUGAAAAAUUAAAUCGAGGUCCUAUUGGACAAAAUUAUGAAGAAAUGAAAUCGAAACUAAUUCAUAACUUAUCAUCUUAUACACUUUCGAAAGCAGAAGGAAGACUUCUAUGUCGUGGUUGGGAUUUUUGUAUAGAGAAUAAAAUAACGAAUUUCUUAGAUUUUGAAACAGAUUUAGAAUUAAAUGCAAUGAAACUACAACUUCAUUGUCAUGAAUCAAUUUUUCGAUCUAUUUGUCGUCAGAUACAUAACGCUUCACAACAGUUAAUACGUACAUCUAAACAUAAGAAAAUAAGUAAUUUAUCAAAGGAAGAAUUAACAGCGUUAAAAUCACUAAAAUCUAAUAACAACAUAAUUAUAUGUAAAGCCGAUAAAGGAAAUUCUAUUGUAAUACUUGAUAAAGAAAUAUAUAUGAAAAAAGCUGAGGAAAUACUUAAAGGGAAACAAUUUGAACCAUUAAAUAAUGAUAAAUUUCACCGAGAACAAGAAGAAAAAUUGAAUAAAUAUAUUUUCUCAUUAUUUAAAAAAGGAGUCAUAGAUAAUAAACUUCGCUAUCAACUACAAUCGACAUGUUCUUCACUUUCAGUCUUUUAUGGUCUUCCAAAAGCACAUAAAACUGGUUAUCCUAUACGUCCUAUAAUAUCAACUAUAGCAGUUAUCUCUUUAUUUUCAUAUCUUUUUCCUACUGCUCACUCUCCUAAAUUUAUUUCUAAUCUUCGCUUAAAAUAUGGCGAAUCGAUUCUGGUAAGUAUACGACAUUGUGAAAGAUUAACAGAAAAAUUACAAAAAGCUAAAUGUGAUGUCGAAUUCCUUCGUUGUUGUUUAAUCUAUAAUUUAAUGCCCCAUUUUGUUAAUAUCCGUUUGUGGAAACCUGGUCUUAAAAAGUCAGAACAAUAUAAAUCUCUUCAACGUACUUGUCUUAUGCGUGAAUUCGAGUGUAGACAAAAACAAGUUAGCCGACUCGAAAAACAAAUUUCAUUAAUCAUGACUGAGUUACAAAAACAUCUUUCUUCAGUCGAUUAUAUUAAUGUAAAGAAGUUCUUUUAUAAUUCAGCAUGUCGAGUACAUUCUGCAGUUAUGAGUAAUCACCAAAAAAAGCUUGAAAAAUUAAAUAGAGGUCCUAUUGGACAAAAUUACGAAGAAAUGAAAUUAAAAUUAAUUCAUAAUAUAUCAUCAUAUACUCUUUCAAAGGUAGAAGAAAGAUUAUUAUGUCGUGGUUGGGAUUUUUGUGUAGAGAAUAAAGUAACGAAUUUCUUAGAUUUUGAAACAGAUUUAGAAUUAAAUGCAAUGAAACUACAACCUCAUUGUCAUGAAUCAAUCUUUCGAUCUAUUUGUCAUCAGAUUCAUAAUGCGUCACAACAGUUAAUACGUACAUCUAAACAUAAGAAAAUAAGUAAUUUAUCAGAGGAAGAACUAGCAGCGUUAAAAUCACUCAAAUCUAAUAAUAAUAUAAUUAUAUGUAAAGCCGAUAAAGGAAAUUCUAUCGUAAUACUUGAUAAAGAAACAUACAUAAAAAAAGCUGAGGAAAUACUUAAAGGAAAACAAUUUGAACCAUUAAAUAAUGAUAAAUUUCACCGAGAACAAGAAGAAAAAUUGAAUAAAUAUAUUUUUUCGUUAUUUAAAAAAGGAGUCAUAGAUAAUAAACGUCGAUAUCAACUACAAUCGACAUGUUCCUCACUUUCAGUCUUUUAUGGUCUUCCGAAAGCACAUAAAACUGGUUAUCCUAUACGUCCUAUAAUAUCAACUAUAGGUAGUUAUCAAUAUGAAUUAUCAAAAUAUCUAGCAAAAGCGAUUAGAAAUGCGCGUCCACAAGCUAAAUCCUAUAUAAAAGAUUCUUUCGAAUUCGUUAAAAGAAUAAAAGAAAUAACACUCGAAAAAGGAAAAACUUACACUAUGUGUAGUUUUGAUGUAGAAAGUUUAUAUACUAAUGUUCCAGUUGAAGAAGCAAUAGAAGUAACACUGAACUAUAUUUAUAAACCAACAAAAUUAGUAGAUGUUCCUUUUGAUAAAGAACAAAUGAAAAUGCUUUUGAAUCUAUCAAUAAGAGACUCAACUUUUAGAUUUCAAAAUAAAAUUUAUAGACAAAUAGAUGGAGUAGCGAUGGGUAAUCCUCUAGCACCUAUCAUUGCCGAUUUAUGGAUGCAAAAGAUAGAAGAAAAAUUGAAUCGAUUUAGUACCAACAAACCUAUGACUUGGCUAAGAUAUGUAGAUGACAUUUUCUGUAUAUUUACUAUUUCAAAAGAAAAAAUUGAUGAAUUUCACGUACGCAUUAAUAAGUGGCAUCAGAAUUUACAUUUCACUGUUGAAUUUGAAGCUAAAAAUUCCAUCCCAUUUCUUGACGUUCGAGUAACUCAACUAGAAGAUAAACUAAUUACAUCAAUGUAUCGAAAACCAACUCAUACAGGCUUAUAUUUGUUAUGGGAUAGUAAUCAGAGUCGUCGUUAUAAACUAGGACUUAUAAAAACGCUAGUAAUACGUAUCUACCGAAUUUGUUCAACUAAAGAAACAAUAAAGGAAGAACUAGAUCUACUAAGAAAAACAUUGACAAAUAAUGGAUAUCCACCACAUAUUAUAAAAAGAGGGAUUACUGAAGGAGAGAUACUCAUUAAAUCAUUGGCGAAUACUAAGAAAGAUGAGAAUAAAAACAAAAAUGUGAUUUUCUUUACUAUUAAAUACUAUGGACAAGAAUCUGCUAUAUUUGCUUCUCGAGUAAAGAAAUUAUGCCAAAAAUUAAUUCCUAACGUAAAAAUUCAAUUCGCAUAUAAGAAACAUAUGAGCUUAAGAAGUGUUUUUCUACCAAAACUUAAAGGAAUAGAUGAAGAUAAAAAGCAAAAGAAACUAGUGUAUUCUAUUCCAUGUAAAGAUUGUGAUAAAAUAUAUAUCGGAGAAACUAGCCGAAAAAAGGAGACCCGCAUGAAAGAACAUGAAGCUAAGAUAAGAACAUUAUCAUCCGACUCUAAACUAGUUGAACAUAUUAUGAAAUAUAAACAUAGUUUUGAUUUUUCUAAAACCGAAACGUUAGCAUACGAAAGUGACUGGAGAAAAAGAAUAAUUAAAGAGAGUAUCUUAACUAGUAGAGCACUAGGAAAGUCUAUAAAUGAAACAAAACAUACCAUUCAAAUAGUUAGUUAAACCAAUAACCGUUAUUCAUAGUAAUAGUAAUCAUAAUAACACUACCUACGUACAUACUAGUUGUUAAAAAGAAAAGAGAACUCCUAUAUCCAGAUAAAAUGUGUUGUAGGGAAAGCUCCGCCUUCCAUCAAGGUCGACAUUCCUCACACAAUACUUUUUCUUCUUCUCCCUCCUUUAUCUUUCCUCAAAAUUAAAUACUCUCAAAGUAGUUAUAAAUGUUGUAAGAGAUGUUCCGCCUUAAAAAGGUCGACACUCUUCACAUUAAUCACAUACUUUAUUCUAAUUUCUCAUCCUAAUAUCUAACAUAUGCGACAUGAACAUACCUACAUUUAUAAUUAUACUUACUAAUUAAAAAUAAACAAAUAAAAAGUAAAAAUAGAAAGCUUUUCGGAUACUUAUAAAUGUUGUAAGAGAUGUUCCGCCUUAAAAGGUCGACACUCUUCACAUUAAUCACAUACUUUAUUCCAGUUUCUCAUCCUAACAUCCAACAUCUGCGACAUGAACAUUCCAAGAUUUAUAAUUAUGCUUACUAAUCAAAAAUAAACAAAUACAAAAAAACAAAAAUAGAACGCUUUUCAGAUAUAGUUUCUCUCCCCUUUUUUUUUUUUUCUUCACAUCCACUUUUCUUCUACAAAUAGUUCUUUCUCAGCUUAUCUGAUAACAAUUCUACACCUAUAUUGACACAAGCUAAUUCAUACAUAAAUUUAUACAUUCUAAAAAAAAAUAAAAAACAAUUUAUGGUUUAAUGGCUU